CGUGAAUGAGAGAAAAAAAGCAGUGCUAGUUUCGGCAAAUCUAGACUAGAUCUAAAUAAAUGGUUUGAGUAUUUCUAUGGUGAAUGUUCAGAGCUAUGGCAGCUAGUGGGGUGUAAACAUUCAACAUCUAACUCUGAGAUAAAGUAGAAUGUCUUCUGAAGAUCAAACUAGACUGGGCCUGGAUUUCGAUAACAUUUCUUCAGAGGAUGAUGCUGAAGAAACCAAGCCGCCACCGGAUAAUGAGGUAGCCAUGUUUGAGAUUUCUCAUGAAUCCGAUGAUGUCAUACUGGACAAGGCUGAACCAGUGUCCAAUGGCGUCAAUGGGAAAUCUGACAAGCCAAUCAGCACUGUGGCGUCUACCUACUUUAACCAGAGAAUACAUAUACCAGACUCAGACACUAGUACAACAUUUAGUUUGCGUAAGUUGUGGGCCUUCACAGGUCCAGGGUUCUUGAUGAGCAUAGCUUACCUAGAUCCUGGCAACAUUGAGUCAGAUCUUCAGUCUGGGUCUACUGCCAAGUUUAAGCUGUUAUGGGUCCUGAUGACAUCCACCAUACUUGGCUUGCUGAUGCAGCGACUGUCGGCCAGGCUGGGGGUGGUCACUGGUCAGCAUCUGGCUGAGGUGUGCUACCAGCAGUAUAGAACUGUCCCCAGGAUCAUCCUGUGGGUCAUGGUGGAGAUAGCCAUCAUAGGGUCAGACAUGCAGGAGGUGAUAGGGACUGCCAUAGCUUUUUAUUUGCUGUCUGAUGGGAAAAUCCCAUUGUAUGCAGGUGUUAUCAUCACCAUAGCUGACACCUUCACAUUCCUACUCCUAGAUCGUUAUGGCCUGCGUAAGCUGGAGUGUUUCUUCUGUUUUCUCAUCACUCUUAUGGCCAUUAUGUUUGGUUACGAGUAUAUCACAGUAGCACCCAACCAAGGGGAAGUAAUGAAAGGAUUGUUUGUGCCAUACUGUGAGGGUUGUGGUUCAUCAGAGUUACUUCAAGCUGUUGGGAUUGUUGGGGCUAUCAUCAUGCCCCAUAAUAUCUAUUUACAUUCUGCACUUGUCAAGUCUCGUGACAUCAAUCGCUCCAAAAGAGGGGAGAUAAGGGAGGCUAACAAAUAUUUCUUCAUAGAGGCAGCCAUUGCUCUGUUUGUUUCUUUUGUCAUCAAUGUCUUUGUUGUGUCUGUGUUUGCUGAAGGAUUUUAUGGAAAAAACGCCACCCAAGUUUAUAAUAAUUGCUUGCUCCACAAUAAUCCUCACUCUGAUGUAUUUAAUACCACUGAGCUUUCUGUUGAUAUUUACCGAGGGGGAGUUUUCCUGGGCUGUGAGUUUGGCCCAGCUGCCAUGUACGUCUGGGCCAUAGGAAUUCUUGCCGCAGGACAAAGCUCCACCAUGACAGGGACCUACACUGGUCAGUUUGUUAUGGAGGGAUUUUUAAACCUGACAUGGAAAAGGUGGCAAAGAGUUUUAUUGACCAGGACAAUAGCCAUCCUGCCCACCAUUUUGAUUGCCAUAUUCUCCGGCAUUGACAACAUGACCACAAUGAAUGACCUGCUCAAUGUUCUCAUGAGCCUGCAGUUGCCCUUUGCACUUUUACCCAUCCUGACCUUCACCUCAUCAUCUGUACUUAUGGCAGAGUUCAAAAAUGGGAGGUGUAUGAAGAUACUGACAGGGUUGUUAGCCCUUGUUGUCAUAGGGAUCAACUUGUACUUUGUUGUUGUUUACAUCCAAGAGCUGCCAGAGCAUUGGGCCAUUUACCUCAGCAUCUCCAUUGCUGUCUUCUUGUACCUCUUGUUUCUCUUGUAUCUUACUUUGUUCUGCCUUGCUGUGAUGGGUGCUACUUUUGUGAUGAAAAUUCCAGGAUUUCAAGACCUUAUGCCAGAAUCGGAAGACUGUUUGACACCACUACUCAGCUAGAGAUCAAUGCUGUGGACAAUUGUGGUUAUGAAGAGAAAUAAUUGGACCAUAAAAUGAUGGAAACUAUUUAUAAAUUCUUGGAGCACCGGACUUCCUUUAACUGUUGUGAUUGGUGAACUGUUUAGGGAAGACAACUCUGGUGCCUAACAUGAUAGGUUCUGUUGUCUUCAACUUAAAUUCCUGUUCUGAGAAGAAUGUUCUGAUAAUCUCUACGCUAUAUAUUCCAUCUGUUUUUAAAGAUGCUCUGCUUCCAUGUUGUAAAUAUUGGUCUCAGAAAGCGUUGUUAGCUUUCCUUUUACCAUGUUUUUGUAAUUGUAUGAUUUUUAAAACAGUAAAACUCAGCUCGUCUUUCAGAUGAAAGCUGAAAAAGAUUUCAUCUUUUGAUUAUCUUCCAUUUAAAAAAAAAAUCUUUCAGAUCUAGUCAAUAAUUCUUUUGCUAUAUUUAAAAUACAAAUUUUGACUACAUUUGGAGGUUAAAAAAUCAAUAAAACUUUGUAAUGUAGAUCUACUACUAUAGACCAUUACUGUAAUUGAUAUUGCAAUGUAAUGUAUAGGCCUAUUGAUUGUGGGUAAUCUAUCGUUUUAGGUACGUAAAAUUGGCAGCGGCUAGUAAUGUACGAAAAAGUUACCUCAUUGUCAAGGCUUUAAUAAAAGUAUAUUGUGAUAUAUUUGUGUCAAAUAUUAUAGAUAAAUGAAUAAUAAACCUAAAUCAAUGGCUAAAUAUAUCAAUAUAGACCAGAAAUUAACUUUAAACAGCAGUUUGCGAGCAAGAUUUCCUAUAUAAACAGCAGCCAUUUGUAAAAUAGAGUUGCCUUCCCCUGAAUCUCGCGCUAUAAGUUUACAAAAAAGAACUUAAACAAGAUGGCUGCUAUAGUUAAUGAGCAUGGUUGCAUCUGUUGGAAACAUCACUAGUCUUCAUUUAUUACUGAAAAGUUUUUAUUCAAUUGUUUAAAACCAGGUACAUAAAUGAAACAAGGAAACAUUUUUGUAUUUUUCAAAACAUAAAUCCUCCUCAAAAUGUGAAAAAAUUAUUAAAAUUUAAGGAGUCACCUGUUUUUCACAUUACUAGUCACGGGCGAUUUUUACGUACCUAAAACGAUAGAUUACCUGAUCGUGAUGUAUUCAAUUGUAUUCAAAUGGUACUUCUGGUAGAAAAAAUCAUAAAAUAUAAAUGUAAAGGUACUGCAUAUAAUUGUAUUAUGUUUUUAUUUUAUUUUGAAACUUAGGAUAAUUGAUCUUAGGAUAAUUGAUCUUAGGAUAAUUGAUCUUAGGAUAAUUGAUCUUAGACUUUACCCUGAAUGGACUGAUUGAAUCUUUUAAAAAUUAUUUUCUUCAAAUUAUUAUUGAAUUUAUUUAAAUUAAUUAUAUUAUUUAAUUAUUUGAAUAAAUUAUUCAAAUUAAUUCACUAGGCUAUUAAAAUUAAUUAAUUU